AUGCAAUCACCAAGUCACGCCUUUAGUAGCAUCGGAAAUUUUAACGACACAACGGAUGAUGCUAGUUACAGAAAAUUCGACAUCCACGAAGGCAUCAUAUUUUGCAUUGAACUGUCGGAAUCAAUGUUCAAAGAGUCACCGGAGCUGAACUAUAAAUCGCCACUAUUGGAAAUUCUAGAGUCAUUAAAUGAACUGAUGUCACAAUUGGUCAUUACAAGACCCGGGACGUCUAUAGGAUGCUAUUUUUAUUACUGUAGUAGAGAUGACGCUAAAGAAGGUAUUUAUGAACUGUUUCCACUAAGGGAUAUUAAUGCUAAGUUCAUGAAGAUAUUAAAUGACCUUUUAGAGGACCUUUCAUCGGGACGAUUAACCCUAUUUGAAUACUUUAACUUUCAACUUUCGAAGAAGCAAAUGCAAAUGCCGCUAGGUAAAUUAUUUACUUUUAUGCUGGACACCUUUUUGCAGAGUAUUCCCGGACAAAAGCAACUGAGUAGCAAGAAGAUAUUUCUAUUCACUGACAACGACAAACCGCAAGAAUCACAAGAUGCUGACGAACGAGCAAGAUUAAGAAGGCUUACAAUUGAUUUAUUCGACAAUAUGGUAAAUUUUGUAACAUUUUUUAUUGGUUAUGGGGACAAUUCAUUUGACAACGAGUUUUACUCGGAUAUUUUACAGCUAGGUGCACAUAAAAAUAAGGGCAUGGACUUAGAUUCUGAAUUUGAUGGGCCAAACACAAAGCCAUUAGACGCCAAAUAUAUCAAAUCCAAAAUCUUGAGGAAAAAGGAAGUGAAAAGAAUAGCGUUUCAAUGUCCUUUGAUUUUUGAUGAGGACGCAAAUUUCAUUACUGGAGUUAAGGGUUAUACCAUGCAUAGUCAUGAGAAAGCUGGAGUUAGGUACAAACUUGUAUACGAGCACGAGGACAUCAGACAAGAAGCGUAUUCAAAAAGAAAGUUUUUAAAUCCUAUGACGGGUGCAGAUGUUACUGGCAACACUGUCAAAGUUUAUCCUUACGGCGAUCUGGAUAUAAAAUUAUCAGAAAAACAAAACCAGGUCAUUAUGGAAGCUUACACACAAAAAGAUGCGUUUUUGAGGAUUAUCGGGUUCCGCUCGCCAGACAGGUCGAUACAUUAUUUUAAUAAUAUAGAGAAAAGUACAUUUAUCGUACCCGAUGAGGCAAAAUACGAAGGGUCCAUAAGGACGUUGACUUCUUUAUUCAAGACUUUAAGGAAAAAGGAUAAAAUUGCCUUACUAUGGGGAAAACUCAAAUCCAAUUCACAUCCUUCACUGUUUGUACUAUCCCCCUCAAGUGUUGAGGAAUAUAAUGAAGGAUUUUAUCUCUAUAGAAUUCCAUUUUUAGAUGAGAUCAGAAAAUUCCCGAGUUUGCUAUCCUAUGAUUCUGGUGAAAAGCAUAAACUGGAUUAUGACAACAUGAAGAGGAUAACCCAAAGUAUAAUGGGAUACUUUAACCUCAGAGAUGGAUAUAACCCAUCUGACUUCAAAAACCCAUCAUUGCAAAGACAUUUCAAAGUUUUACAUGAUUAUUUGUUACAAAUUGAGAUCAAUACUGAGGAAAACGAGACAUCUGAAGCCAAAAUAAAUAGAGUGAUACACGAAGAUGAUUCCUUGCGGAAAUUAUACCAUAUAAGAAAUAAGAUACUGGAAUCGGAAAAAUCUGAAGACCCGGCCAUUCAAAGGCUAAACAAAUAUGUUAAAGUUUGGAACACGUUCUACAGUAAGUUCAACGAUGAUGACGUUUCUGUUAAAGAUGAAAAGAAACUAUUUGACAAAAAGCCUAAAUUCAACAUAUGA